UAUACUAGAAGGUUCGUCAACUUUCCAUCUCUGGAAGCUAAUCAAUUAAAACUGCAUUUGGGGUUGUAAAUUACACUAAUUAACAUUGAACUCACUAAAGUUAAAAGUACCACUUCAAUAUUUCAGGCUAAGUAUAAACUUUCAAGUUUCAAGUUGGUGCUCAUCAAUUAUCAUUUCAUCUGUGUGAAUAUGAGAGCUUUGGACUAUAUUUUUGAGUGCUGGGAGCUCAUCUCUGCUAAUCAUCACAAGAUCAAAAGGAAACCAUUCAAAACAGUGGAGAUAAAAGUAAGAAUGGACUGUGAAGGAUGUGAGAGAAAGGUGAAGAAGAGUGUAGAAGGCAUGAAAGGAGUGACCCAAGUUGAAGUGAAUCCUAAGCUUCAUAAACUCACGGUUAUGGGCUACUUGGAUCCGAAUAAGGUCUAUCGGGUCAGGCACCGAACUGGAAAGAAAGCUGAGUUUUGGCCUUAUGUUCCAUACGACGCUGUUGAGCACUUAGUUCACCCUUAUGCACCUGGAGUUUAUGAUAAAAAGGCUCCACCAGGAUACGUGCGAAACCCUGAGUUGACAGACUACGAAAUUGCUAAUCUCGCACGUGAGAAUUCAACAGAAGUUAAGUAUUCUACUGUUUUUAGCGAUGAGAAUCCUAAUGCGUGUGUGAUCAUGUGAAUGUACGUUCAUGUUGAAGAUCAUGUUGAUCAGAUAACUACUUCAACUAUGCAUAUUGUUGACAAUAAUCGUUAUACAUAUACAAGAUUACAAGUGGGGUAACUUCUUGGAGACUUGAGUUUUGAUAUUGUAUGUUUACAUACUUGUUGGAAAGGCGCAAGAAAUAGUAAGGAAAUUCCUUAUUUGUAAAUAGUCAUUGGCGAA